AAAAAAAAGAAAAAGUUGUGUGUCUUUUGUCUUUUUAUAUCUUUUUUUGAUUAGUAUUGUAUUCUACAAGUAGUGGGGGUUGUUAAAGGCGUGUGGAACAUGAUCUAUAUUCUUUUUGUAAGUUGAAAAAAAGUGCUUAAAAGAUAAUAACUUCAAAAAUUUUGGGAACUUGGAAGCUUUUGGUGAGGUGGGUCUUGAUCUAUAUUACUAAACAAUUUCUGGGUAAGGUUUGAAAUCUGAAUUUGGGAUUAUAGGAGGGUGAGAUGGGUUCGUUCGGAAGGCUUGCAACGAGGGUUGUGGAGACUCAGAUGCCGGUCAUGGUUCAGGUACAGGAACUGCAGCGAAGAUACACAAAUGCUGUGUCUUUGGCCCAGGGGGUAGUUUAUUGGCUACCACCCCAACAGGCAUUGGAUAGGGCCAGAGAACUUGUAUUCGAGCCUUCAAUUAGUCGUUAUGGUGCUGAUGAAGGUAUCCCUGAACUCAGGGAGGCAUUGAUAAAAAAGAUGCGUCUAGAAAAUAAACUGAACAAAUCUUCAGUGAUGGUUACUGCAGGUGCAAAUCAGGCAUUUGUAAAUCUUGUUCUUACAUUGUGUGAUGCUGGGGAUUCUGUCGUUAUGUUUGCGCCAUACUACUUCAAUGCUUACAUGUCCUUCCAAAUGACUGGCAUCACUAAUAUACUGGUGGGACCUGGUAACCCUAAGACACUAUAUCCAGAUGCAGAUUGGUUAGAAAGAACGUUGUUGGAAACUAAUCCACCCCCAAAGCUUGUUACUGUUGUUAAUCCUGGCAACCCAACUGGGACUUAUAUUCCCGAGCCUCUUCUUAAGAGGAUUUCAGACCUCUGCAGAGAUGCUGGAGCUUGGCUUCUUGUAGAUAACACAUAUGAGUACUUCAUGUAUGAUGGUCUAAAACACUCAUGCCUGGAGGGAAAUCACAUAGUCAACAUUUUUUCCUUCUCGAAAGCAUAUGGGAUGAUGGGAUGGCGUGUUGGAUAUAUAGCAUACCCUACAGAAGUAGAGGGCUUGGCUGAUCAACUCCUCAAAGUUCAAGACAACAUUCCCAUCUGUGCUUCAAUAAUUUCUCAACGUUUAGCCCUUUACUCCUUGGAAUUGGGACCUGAGUGGGUCACGGAGCGAGUAAAAGAUCUUGUCAAGAACAGAGAAAUAGUUUUAGAAGCACUCUCACCCCUUGGAGAAGAUGGCGUGAGAGGAGGAGAAGGUGCAAUAUACCUUUGGGCAAAGCUUCCAGGUCAAUAUGUUGAUGACUUCGAAGUUGUUAAAUGGCUUGCUCGUAAGCAUGGAGUGCUUGUGAUCCCGGGAAGCUCAUGUGGCUGUCCAGGGAACCUUAGGAUCUCCUUUGGAGGCUUGAUCGAGAGUGAAUGUAAAGCUGCUGCAGAAAGACUGAGGGGAGGGUUAGAAGAAUUGGUCAGAGAUGGCAUGGUGGAUAACUAAAAUUUUUAAGGUUAAUUCAAAACAUCAAAAUUGGAAGUACAUUUUGCAUUUGAAUAAUUGGACGCUUCAUGAAAUUAGAGCAUUAAUUCCAAUAUGUAUAUUCAGAAAGGUAUUUCCAAAUACAUUCAUGUAAUUUCAUAUACGUGCCAAAUGUUUCUUCGCUUGAUACCGAUAA